GGAGACGCCGGAGGCGCCGGGCAGCGGGAGGCGGGGGAGUCAGCGGCGGGGCCACGCGGUGCUUGCCGUGAUCGGCGAGGUCGGCACCGAGCAAGAGCGGGAAACGCUGCGCCGGAGCCUCGAGCGCGGUCUUCGCUCAUGGGACAUUGACCUCUCUUCCUGUGACCUUAAUCAGCAACUGAGACUGUUUGUUACGCGUCAUCUUGCACAUUUUUCAUCGGAGGUCAAAGGUCAGAGGACCCUCCACCACCAGAGUGAGGACCUGGACACAGUCAUCCUAGUAAACCCUGAUGAACAGAGCACUGUGUCAGAGGUUCGUUCCUUGAUAUGUGACCCUUCUGCCUACAAGCUGCUGGUGCUCUGUGGACAGAGCACAGACCAAGAAGGAGAUUUGAUCCUGCAGGCUGGGACCUUCACCUACCAGAAAUUUGCUGAGAUCCUUGCAGAUCCAGAGGUUGCCCAGCUUCUCAGCAACACAGAUCCAGCUUCCAAGGCCUCCCUGACCGUGUCGUGCUUGGGAGAGGGAGAUUGGAGCAACCUUGGACACCCCCAAUUCCAGGACCUUCUCAGUCUGAGACUGAACCCUGACCCAAUUCUGCCAGAGAUGGAUGGGAUCUCUGAGUUUGCCGAGUAUGUCUCUGAGACAGUGGAUGUCCCAUCUCCCUUUGACCUCUUGGAACCCCCAACCUCAGGCGGCUUCCUCAAGCUGUCCAAGCCCUGCUGCUACAUCUUCCCUGGAGGGAGGGGGGAUUCAGCACUCUUUGCCGUCAAUGGGUUCAACAUCCUGGUGGAUGGCGGUUCAGAGAGGAAGUCCUGUUUCUGGAAGCUGGUGCGGCACCUGGACAGAAUUGACUCUGUUCUCCUGACCCACAUUGGGGCCGAUAACCUCCCUGGCAUCAAUGGUCUCUUGCAGAGGAAGAUCGCUGAGCAGGACGAGGAGCAGUCUCAGGGCUCCACCAACUACAGUGACUGGAUGAAGAAUCUCAUCUCCCCUGAGCUCGGGGUGGUUUUCUUCAAUGUCCCUGAGAAGCUCAAAAUGCCCGAGUCUUCCAUGAAGGUCAAGAGAAGUAUUGAGGAGGCUAGCCUGACCCUGCAGUACCUCAACAGGCUGGGCGUGAAGCCAGAGCCCCUCUACAGGGUGGUCAGCAACACAAUUGAGCCCAUCACCUUGUUCCACAAAAUGGGCGUUGGGAAACUGGACAUGUAUGUCUUGAACCCAGUCAAGGAGAGCAAGGAGAUGCAGUUCCUCAUGCAGAAGUGGGCUGGGAACAGCAAGGCCAAGACGGGCAUCAUUCUGGCCAAUGGGAAGGAAGGGGAGAUCUCUGUACCCUACCUGACCUCCAUCACCGCCUUGGUUGUGUGGCUCCCAGCAAGUCCAACAGAAAAAAUAGUGCGAGUUUUGUUCCCUGGGAAUGCACCACAAAACAAGAUUUUGGAAGGGCUUGAGAAGCUCAGGCACUUGGAUUUCCUGAAGUAUCCUGUUGCUACGCAGAAGGAAAUUGCCUCUGGCCUUCCCACCCUGGCACUCAAGCAGACCAAGAUCAAGCAGAGGGCAGACAGCAAGGAGAGCCUCAAGUCUUCUAAGCCGGCAGCUGCCAAGGCAGGUGGUGAGGAGGGAGCAAAGGAGGUGAAGUCCGAGGUCCUCAAAGAGGCCAAGACAGAGAAGAAGGCCAAGGAGCCACUGGAAAAGCCCCCCAAGGCAGAGAAAGUAAGAAUGGACUCCACCGAUGCCCUCAAAGCAGAGAAAAGGAAACACAACAAAGACAAAAUGGGUAAGAAGCACCUCAAGGAGAAAGUGUCUAAGCUGGAGGAGAAAAGGGACAAGGAGAAGAAAGAGAUCAAGAAAGAGAGGAAGGAGAUUAAGAAAGACGAUGGGAAGAAAGAGGAAAGGAAGGAGUCAAAGAAAGAAGACAAAAAGAAGGAAGCCAAGCCAGAGCUGAAAAAGAUUUCAAAGCCAGACUUGAAGUCAUUCACUCCUGAAGUGAGGAAGACCUUGUACAAGGCAAAAGCUCCUGGCCGGAUCAAAGCGGAGAAAGCUCGCAGCAAAGCUGAGAAGGACGCUACCCAUGGAGAGCCAAAGAAGGCAUUGCCUGUGCCCAGGAAGCCACCAAGCCAGCCCCCAGAACCAGCAGGCGUGGCUGAGCACAGGCUGGUCUUUUCUUCCCCAGAGGACCUCACCAAGGACUUUGAGGAGCUGAAGGCUGAAAAGCAGGCCAGGCUUCCAGAGGCACCUGGUCCUGCAGAAGGAGAGACAGGAAAGCAGGGGCUUAGUGAUGUGGCUGCUCAGGAGACAGACCUGAUCCCAGAAGGAGUCAGUGGCCCAGACUCCUGGUCCCAAGUUGCAACAGAGGAGGAAACAGGCAAGGAGGGAGGAGGGGAAAUGUCCAAAAGACCUGAUGAGAGAGCAGCAGCCUUGGGGGAGCCCCUUGAGAGAACAGCAGAAGUCUCCGGAAAAGAAGCUGGAGAGGAGAGAGAUCCAAUGCAGGCCUCCGGUGACUACUCGGAAGACAAAUAUUCUGCUUUGGAAAUGAAGUGGAUGGAGACACAGGCAGAGAGGCAAAUGGACAGGAGAGAAAAGGGAUUGGAACAGGCAGAGCUGGAGGGGACCGAACAGCCCCUUGCAGAGGCCAAAGAGAAAGAGGCAGAGAAGAGUGAGCUUUCUGUCUUCCAGCAGCCAGAAGGUCCCCUCUUUCCCUCCAGAGGGAAGGAAAAAGAGGCCAAGGGGGAAAGCAGACUGCCUGGGAAGCAAAGGAUGGGCAAGGGGGAGGAGGAGGAAUCCUGCCUGGGCAGUGCUCCAGCCCCACUUGGAGAACACAUCUCCUACAUCCAGGAUGAGACCAUCCCUGGCUACUCAGAGACAGAGCAGACCAUCUCCGAUGAAGAGAUCCACGAUGAGCAGGAGGAGAGGCUGCCCCAGCUCAAGACAGAUAUUAGCUCCUCUGACAUUGCAGUGCCAGACCAAACUGGCUCCUUUGAAGCUAUCCAUGGGAUCCAGGCCAUGGCAGCUGCUGGCCAAGACCCUGCAGUCCUUGCCUACCCCACCAACAUUGUAGCUGCCCCCUUGGCGGAAGAGGAGCAUGUUUCUUCAGCAACAUCUAUCACAGAGUGUGACAAGCUCUCCUCUUUCGCCACAUCUGUCGCAGAGGACCAGUCUGUUGCCUCGAUAACAGCACCACAGACAGAGGAUACUGGCAAAAGCUCCUUGCUGCUGGAUACAGUGAACAGCAUCCCUUCCUCUAGAACAGAGGCUACCCAAGGUCUGGACUAUGUCCCCUCUGCUGGCACCAUUUCUCCCACAUCUUCACUAGAGGAGGACAAAGGCUUCAAGUCUCCACCUCCGGAUGACUUCCGUAUACAAGCAGAAGGUGAGAGAAGGCUUGAGGCCUUCAAAAAGGGCCUGCAGCAGCAACAGGAACCAGAACAGGAGGAGGAGGAGGAGGAGGAGGAGGAAGAAGAAGAUGAGACACCAAAUAUUGAGAAGCCUUGGAGAGUGCAGGGUCAUUAUGAUGCACCUUUGUUUUCUCAGCAAGGGCCCCUGGGAGAUGGUUUAACAGGAGUGCCAGUGGAAGGAUCCCAAGAGGCCAUGCUGAUACUUGAUGGAGAAGCCCAGUUGCUGCAGGUAGUUGCAGGCUCUGGUGAGGCUGAAGAGCGGUGCAUGAGCCCUGAUGACAGCACAGUCAAGAUGGCAUCUCCCACCCAGUCGGGCCCCACCAGCGCUGGGCACACACCUUUCCACCAGUCCCCUGUAGAGGAGAAAUCGGACACUGUGGAGGCUGAGGUGUUUGACAAGUCUUCUGGGGCCCCUGUGAAAUGGGAUGAAGAAAGAAGUCCCAGCAAGGCCACUGAGAUCUCCAGGGCUUUUGAAGGAGAGGUCGCUGCUACUGAGGGGCUCUUUUCUGGGGGGAAAGAGGCAUCAGCUUUCCUUCAGGACAAGCCUGUCUUGGAAAGUGUGGCUGCAUCAGAAUCUGCAUCUGUCCAGAGUGAGGAUCGGAGACUGCUUCUUGAGAAAGAGGAGCUGGCCAUCAGCUUCUACCACAAGCAAGAGACCCUGGACAUUUCUGACCUUUAUCCUCUCACCAAAGACACACUUCUAGAGCCCAGAGAGGACUCUCCAUUGAAUGGAGCAGACACCACUGAGGAAGCCUCCCAGGAAAGCAUGAAGUGCCCUGCCCAUGAGGUGCUCUUCUCUGCAGCUGAAAUUCCUCCCCCAGAAGGGUGGGAGGAACUUUCCGAUAGAGCUUUUGGUGAGAGUUCUUCACAAGUGCCCACAAAACCGCUUUCACCAGAGGAAGCAAAGGUGUUCCCAUUUAUUGAAGACACUCCUGGGAAAGCAAAAUAUUCAGAUGAUUUUGCCAUUCAAAAAUUGCCAGAAGGUGGGAAUGCCCUACAUUUCACAGAACGCAGCUUAGGCCAAGAGGGACCCCCCUCAGUUGCUAUCAAAUACACUUCCCCAGAAGGCAGCGACAUUUCUGUGAGCCUUAGUGAAGAAACCUCUUUGCACUUGUUCACAGGAGAGAGUUCUCAACCUGAUGUUCAGUCCCUGUCUACAAAAGAGGACCCUGCUCAGAAGUCCUCAUCAGACGUGUUCACAGAACAAUUCUCUCCUGAAAUGAGCUACCAGGCUUACACAGAGCAGAGCCCUUUUGGAAGCAAAACAUCUGAAGCUUUGGCCAAAGACAAUUCGCUCAGUUCCCUUUCAUUCCCUGGGAAGGAUCCAUUCCAAGACAGCCAUGCCACCCUCACAAUGUCUUCUGCAGACACCUUUAUGGAUGAUGCCAGAACUGUAUCCUUAGCUGAAAAAGAGCCCAUCAAAGAACCAUCUCCAAGACCUUCCCCCAAAGAAAGUCCAGAUUCAAAGUCUUCAAGCUUCACAGAACCAAGCCCAGUUCUAGAGAAGGAGCCCUCGCAAAUCUCCUCUGAGGAGAUGGGGCCUUGUCAGUUGCUGGAAGAGGAGCAGGAUACUGAAGAGGAGGAGGAGGAAGAAGAGGAAUCUCCAGAAAUGGAAGAUAUUUAUCUGAAAGACACAAACUCUGAGAAGAAAGUGUGGUUUCCAGAGGAGAUGAAGGAAGUGCCAUGCGAAGAGCAAAAGCCAAAGUAUGGGAAAGAAAGAGGGGAAUGUACCUUCUUGGAUGAGGAAGUAGAAAAACGUGAAACAAAGGCUCCUCCUCCCCCCAAGACUGAAGAGGGAGUGAUUUCUCACUCUGCAACAGAGUCUGAAGAUGACAUUUCUGGACUGGCCAUGAAAGAUAUUUGGGACUCAGGAUAUAGGCACUUCCAUGAAGACUUUGCCACUCUGAAGCAAGAGACACCUCCUGAGAAUCGCUUUCCCCAUGUAAGUGACAAGGUUGUGGCCCAGCAGAUGCCAGAAACAUCAUCUGACCAAACACAGGCAUUUCCACAAGCAGCUGCUGAACACAGUGCCCUGGACACAAAGGAAUCCAAGAUGCCUGGCUCCAUAAGCCCCCGCUCUCCUGGGCUAGAAAGUGUGUCAACAUCCGGCCUGGAAUGGGCCAUACUGUCCCCUCCACACCAGGUCAAGAUUCCGCCUACAACAGGGUGGAGGGAGGAGUCCCCACCUGAGCAAGCUGAGGAGGAAGUGGCCACAGAGCCAUGGUCCAGCUCUGUGGUGGAGCCUCCUGCUUUGGAAGAGGAGAGAGAAGCAUCUGCACCAGAGCAGCGAAAAUCCCCUGCAGUAGACCAAAGUGUGCCCACGCUCCAAUUAGGAACCACAGAGAGGAGAUCAGAGGGUGAUGAUGUCUACAAAAGCAAGUGGGAUCCCAAAGAGAUGCAGGACAGAGAGCAGGAGGCUGAGGUGGAAUCUCACACUUGCUCAGAGGAAAGCCAAAAGGAGCAGGUUGUGAGGGCAGCUCUGUUGAGUCCAAUAGGAUCCCAGGAAGUCAUGGCCCCUGCAGUUGUGGAACCAGGGAAGAGUGAGUCCACCCACCUUGGAGGAAGUGGAGACCUUGCAACCCCUUUGCAGGACACAGUCUCGACUGACCAAGCAGAGCAUCACUCCUGGCUCAGCACCACAGACUCUCCCAGUCAGUCUGGGCUCUGUGAACCCAAAGUUGACACUCUUGGGAAAGGGGAAGAGAGAGAAGCAACUCCUUACCCUCAUGAGAAGACUUUCCAUUAUGCAGAUAUCUAUGAGAAUGUUGUCAUGUCUAGCAUUGGCCACUUUGGAAAAGAUGUGGGUCUCAAGAUAGGGACAGCCCUUUACCCCAUCUCCUCCAAGGAAGAAGAGUCUUGCCUCUACACUCCUACUGAGAAAGAGCUCUCGUCUCCAGUUUCCCCAAAGGACAUAGCAGAGCCCUCCUUUGAGUAUGCAGAGGUCCAUGCCCAGGGCCAUCCUCUUCAGAUAGCAGAGAAGCCCAGUGUACCACAGAGCUUGGCAGCCCAGGACAACCCACAGCCUGAUGAAAGCCUUGCAGACUCUUCACCUCUUCUGCCAGGAAGUCUGGUGAGCUCCCUGCCUGCAGCCUCUCUGGGGGACAAAGGCUUUACCUCCCACACUGAUGUGGCAGGUGUGCUGAAGCAGGAGACAGAUCUUUACAUUGAAGGUGCCCACCCUCCAGAUGCAAACAUCAGCCAGGAGCAAAGGUCUCCUUCUCCCAAGCACUCCUUGCCCAAGGAUAUGUACUAUGAGCAAGCCAGAAGGGGGGAAGAGAGUGCCAGUGACUCAGAGCUGGAGAAGGGUGCCAAGGAGAAAUCUGAAAAGGAAUCCAAGCACCCAGGGGAGCCCCCUUCAGCUCUGAAGCCAGCCAGUGAGAGGGAAGAGGAACCCUAUGCAGACAUUUCAGGAUUGGAGAAGGAGGACUGUCUGUCAGUGACAUGGCAAGGAGCAUCCUAUGGUGCAUUGUUGGGAGAGGAGAGUCAGACAGAGAGAACAGCCUUGAAGGCUGAGGAUGUUGCUGCCUAUGGCAGCCUUGCAGGUCCAGAAAGGCAGGAAUGGGCCUCAAGCAAGCCAUGCUCCAAAAAGGAGGUGGAAGAAGAAGAGGAGGAGGAGGAGGAGGAGGAAGAGGCAUCCAUAGGGAAAGGCUUUGAUGAUACUGACUCCAAAGGCUUCUGCUUUGGUUCUGCUGCUAAAGAGAAGGACCCUCCAAAGGGCCCAGCGCUGCUGACUAAAGGGCUGGAUUGCUCUUCCUCAGGCUUUGAACUCUCUUCCCUGGGCAUGCACCAGCCAUCCAUCCUGUUCCGACAUGAAGCACAUUUCUCGUCCCACUUACGGGACAAAUCCCUCGCUUUUGGCAUCCCUGAUUCUGACCCCUUUGAAAAGGGCAAGAGAGAUGAAUACUUGGAGGUAUCCAAAAAGGUUUCUAGUGAGGAUUCAUCGUUCCCAGCAGGAGGAGGGAAGCUUCUCUCUGGGGCACCCCAAGAGCAGCAGCCGCACAGGGAGUCAUCUAGCUCUCCUGAGGAAACCUUCUUGAGGGCCUCCAUCUCAACACAUCCGGCAGUCAGUGAGAGCCCCUUGUUCCCCCCCUAUCGAGGAACAGUUGCUGGGCCAGAUGCCCAGAGAGCACAGCAACCCACGUCCCCACAGCUUCCAGCAGGUUCUGCAAAGAUGUUUUCAGGUGAAAUGGAAGGAGAUGCCUCUGCCAGCUUGGGCCUGCCCUCUCUGCCCACUCAGCAGUCUGAGUCCAGCUGCACAGUUAGCUGCACACAGCAGCCCUCAAGCCCUGGAGAGUGGCCAGCAGCCACUCCCCUCCCUGACAUCCUGGCUGUUUCCCUCCACUGCCAGCAGGAGGCAGCUGCCACUGCCAAUGGGCCCACAGAGGUGAGCCUCAGCCCCCUUGCUUUCCAUGGUGGGCCACAUCUCACAGGGGCAACAAAGAGUGAGGAGGAGGAGGAGGAAGAAGACGAUGACGAGAAGGAGGAUGACGAGAAGGAGGAGGACUGUGAGAGACAAAGCCGUCCCUCUUCCUUGUUGAGCUGUGAGCCAGCUUUCCCGCCCUUCUUUCCAGAUGCCCAGCAUGGCAGCCAAGCAGAGGAUCAUGGUGACGCUUCCCAUGAGUUGGAGCCAUCUCUGGGAGCCACCUCGGAGUACGGGCAGAGGUUCUCAUGUGAGUAUAAGCAAAGGAAGGGAGAGCUGUCCCCAUCGUUCAUCAAUCCCAGUCCUCAGGAUUCAUCAGAGGAGAGUGAAUGUUCCCAGGCUGAAGGUCAUCCUUCUGUGAAAGGAAGGCCACACUCCAUCUCUGGUGGCAAUAGGCCCCCUGCCACAGCAGAAGAAACUCCCCCCACCUCUGCAAGUGACUCUGGCACCUCCCAGUCUGACUCUGAUGUCCCUCCAGAAACAGAGGAGUGCCCCUCCAUCACAGCCGAUGCAGCCAUGGACUCUGACGAAGACGCCGAUUUCCUCCCAGUGGAUAAAGCUGUGGGCAGCUCCCAUCACAGCAGCAGCAGCAGCAGCAGCACAAGAGCUGGUCAUGACCCCCCACCCAUCACCCUGGUGGACCCCCAUCCUCACCCUCCACACCCAGAUGUCUGCAUGAUGGACCCCGAGGUGCUGCUCAAUGAGCAGAACAUGAGCAGGCCUGACAAAAUAUCCAAGAAGGAUCUGAAGGAGAAAAACAAAGGGGUGAGGAAGCCACUGGGCAAGCCCAAGUCCUCUUCUCCUGCCCGGAAACCUGAGAAAUGGUCCCCGACCCCCUUGAAGCAACAGCCACCAGACCGGCCUCCAAAGCCAGCACUGGCCAAGAGAGAGAAGCCCCUCAAGGCCCAUGGGGAAGAAACGGGUCCCCCCAACCCUGGCAAGAACCUCGUCAACGGCGUCAAAACCAGCCCAGUCUCCAGCAACCCCAAAAGCAGCUCCUCUGUGCCCCCUGGGCCCCCCAUCUAUGUGGACCUGGCUUACAUCCCCAAUCACUGCAGUGGGAAGAACACAGACCAGGAAUUCUUCAAGAGGGUCCGGGCCUCCUACUACGUCAUGAGCGGCAAUGACCCAGGCAGCGGGGAGCCCAGUCGUGCAGUGUUGGAUGCCCUCCUGGAAGGGAAGGCCCAGUGGGGGGAGAACCUGCAGGUGACUCUCAUCCCAACACAUGACACGGAAGUGACCCGGGAAUGGUACCAACAGACCCACGAGAAGCAGCAGGAGCUAAGCAUCAUGGUCCUGGCCAGCAGCAGCACAGUGGUGAUGCAGGAUGAAUCCUUUCCUGCAUGCAAGAUCGAGUUCUGAGGCGCCCUGGCUGCAGCAGCACAUCUCAUCCGUCCAUCCGCCUCCCCCCCCCCCACCAUGCAGCACUGGGAGAUCCAUUGACUCACAGCGCAAGUCUCCUUCCUGUCCCAAAUGUGGUCUGGAUUUGCUGGGCAGACACUGCCUGCACAUGGCUCUUGUUUGCCACCAUGCCCAGGACGUGUCCAGCAUGCCUGGAUGUGCGUGGAGUGGAGGGACCCUCUUGGGAGCUGCUUCACUUUUCCAGAUUUAUUUUGCUGCCUCCGUCAUUGCUGUAGAAUAAUUCAGCUGCCUUGAUGCUGCUUGCGAAAGUGCUCCCCACUCCUUCCCCGCUUCCUUGCCUGAGGGCUCUUCUGCAGGGCCAGACCCCAAUAACUUUGUCCGACUUAGCCCACGGGGUAGCUUCAGAUGGAAGCAGCACAAGAGACCAGUAAAAAGGAGGACUAGAGCAGGAAGAGAAAGAGAGACACCAUUCCUCAGCCUCUCAGGUGUGAAGUGAGAACUGAGCUGGGAGGAGGAGGAGGAGGAGG